GUUCCGGCGCCAUGGCCGCCAUGGCCCGGCCCCUCCGCCCCCCCCGGUAACGGGAGCCCCCCGGGAACGGGACCCCCGGCAACGGGACCGCCCCUCCCGGUGCCCCCCCGGCGCCCCCCGGGCCGGGACCAUGUCCUCGCGCUCCGCCCUGGCGGCGGGGAACGAGCGCAACGCGGACACGCUGGCGGGCCCGGGGGGCAGCGGCCGCCCCGAGAAGGGCGGGGGGGGGUGGUCGGGGCGGGGGCCGGAGCCCCCCGGGGCGGAACUCGCUGGGGGCCGAGGAGCCCCCCACGUGGGCAACUACCGGCUGCUGAGGACCAUCGGCAAGGGCAACUUCGCCAAGGUCAAACUGGCCCGGCACGUCCUGACCGGCAGAGAGGUGGCCAUCAAAAUCAUCGACAAGACCCAGCUGAACCCCACCAGCCUCCAAAAGGUGGGGAGGGUUGUUUCGGAAGUUCGGAUCAUGAAGGGGCUGAACCACCCCAACAUCGUGAAGCUGUUUGAGGUGAUCGAGACGGAGAAGACGCUGUACCUGGUGAUGGAGUACGCCAGUGCAGGUGAGGUGUUCGAUUACCUGGUGUCCCACGGGAGGAUGAAGGAGAAGGAGGCACGGGCCAAGUUCAGACAGAUCGUCUCGGCGUGCACUACUGCCACCAGAAGAACAUCGUGCACAGGGACCUCAAGGGGGGAGGGGUGA